GAAGGAUACCUAAUGUUGUUGUGUGGUGUUAGUAUUGCACUGAUCAUCUCCAGUACCUUACAGUCAGACUGCUCUGAAGAUGAUCUGUACAAACCUAUCGACAGUGAACCUGGAGACUUUAUAAUUGCUGGAAUCUUCAACGUUGGCAAGGUGGAGACAAGAGAAGAAAUGACGGCUGAAGGGAGGAAAAAGCUAACAAAGUAUUGCUCGUACGAUAAAGCUUUAAUGUGGGGUAUCCAGAAGAUGCUAGCUCUACGAGAUACUGUGGAGAGGGAACAGGAGCGGUUCAGAAAACUGAACAAGACGUUGGGCUAUGAAAUCUACGAUUCUUGCAACAGCUACACCACAGUGGGACAGAUCUCCAACAUCAUCGCAUCUAAGACAAACAUAAUCGGAGUCGCAGCUCCGGAUUUCAAGGACUUUGUCAAAUUCUCUGCACAACAAGUCACCUCCUUCAACAUCCCCAUGUUCACCUACGUGUACAAUGAUAACGAGAUGAUGAACGACAAGAUAUUCCCCUCACUUUUCUCUCUAACAGACACAGAACAGGUCGAAGGGGACAUAAUUAUCAGUUUUUUGAAGUUGAUGAACUUUAGGUAUGUUGAUAUUUGGUAUCACAAGUUCUCAAAAGACAUGGCUAUGCAUGUUUAUGAGAAAUAUGUCAGUACCGUAGAGUCCGGGUGUGGUAGAAUUGAAGAGGUUUCCAAUAUUUCUCAGAUUGUAAACAUUGAUAAGAGUUACGGGAAGUCUGGUGGAAGUAAUUCAAGUUCACAGGUGCAACUUAUAUUGUCAAACAGUCGGGCAACAACACUUGCUAUGAUUGAGCACAUGACAGAAAAUCUGAACUUCAAGAACAAAAUCUACAUUUUUGGGAUUUCGAAUGGGAGGAAAAACUACCUCCAAAGUUAUAUCCCCGUAUUCAAGAAAGAGCCCGGAAACACCUUAAUACUACCUUUAGCAGCAUUGCUAAACGCGGAAGUGAAAGUGCUGACGGAGAAACUGAAAGCGAAGGAAGCUUCUAGAAAUAGCAACCUGGAUAAAAUAGAAGAGGAUAUAAGAGAUAGGCUAAAGUGGUACGAGGGAGGAACCGGUUAUGAUAGUACGAUGACAAGUUGGAUGCCAUAUGUAGUGGGCGGGGUUAAAAUACUUACCCAAUCACUACAUGAAUAUCUGGUCGAGUCAUCAGGGGAUAUUUGUAUGGAUCACUUGAGAGAGCUCAUCUUCGAAACAUUGAUAAACAGAAAAACCAAGAAGCAGGUUUUGAUUGAUGACGUCCUCACGAUUGAUUUUAGUUUGGAUAAAAGAGUCGUUACAACAGGUUACGAAAUCGGAGUCUACCAGAGCACCAGUGACUCAUAUUCCAUCCUGGGAAAAGCGUUCUCAGACUCAAUAACAGUGUCAAACAGCACUCUCCUGAACGAAAUAUCAGACUACAACCAAACCUGCUCGGAAUCAUGCAGACCAGGAUUCUACAGCACCAGGAAAUGGAACAAAAGCGAUCUGUCGUGUUGCUGGAACUGUAGGUCAUGUGACGCCUACUCAAUCUCAACCGAAAUAAACUCAGCAGGAUGCACAACCUGCAAAGAUGACGAAGCAGCUAAUGAUAACAACACUGAAUGCAACGAGGUUAAGAGAUAUACAUUGAGAGUGACUCCCCUUUUUUUAUAGCAGGGGUAGUGUGCGCUGGGGCAGGGUUACUGGUGGUAAUAGUGUUCGGGGUGAUCGUGGUUAGGCACAAAGACAGCGCUUCCAUCAGAGCUUCUGAUACGGGUUAUCUUUAUGUCAUGUUAGUGGGUCUAGCUGUUGGAUUCAUCACAAGUGUGGUCCCUCUGUUGAAACCACACGAGAUGUCCUGUAGAGCUGAGUAUUUCGGUGUUAUGGCUUUCACAACAUUAGUAUCCACAAAUCUGGCUCUAAAGUGCAACAAGAUAUACGAGAUAUUCCGGGCUGCUAACAGUUUUGAGACUCCUAGAUGCGGUUGGAUGAUGAAGAAGACAAUUCUGGUUAACUUGUUGUCUCUGCUCUUCACCCUGACUCUAGCACUACUGGAUGUGUUGGUCUGGGGACCCAGCUGGAUAAAAGAGAGACUACACAAACACCAUAACCCUUACUAUCUGGUAUGCCAAUCGCACGAUAACCACAGUUUCUUCAUCCUAAUAAUUCCUCUUAUUUUCCCAGCGGUCGCUUUCAUCGUCGCCCUAGUCCUAGCAUUCAAGAUGCGGAACUUCCCCCACAAUUUCCGGGAAACACUGAACAUAUUCGCAGCAACCCUGAUAGCUCUCUUGUGUUGCAUUAUGUUCUUAACGGGGUACUCCCUUGCGGAAAACUAUUUUAAAGGUCUCCUCAGGGCUAUAGUGACCUUCGUUACAUCUCUCUCAUUCCUUCUCUGUAUCUUUCUACCAAAGAUCUAUUUCCUGUUCAAGAAUCAUAACGAGGACGCCACCAGAAGGGAGUUGAAGAAUUAUAUUAACCGAGCCCAGACUAUAGUUAACAGAGUUAGUACAAGGACUGUCUCGUCAUCAAUAACUUCUCACUCAUAGGUUCAUACGCUCACGUGACUCUUAACAUGUGGUCACGUGACUUGUAACAAAGCGUGACCCUUAAUAUACGGGUUUUAAAAACUUUGACGAGUUUAACAGAUUAUUUAACGUUAUUCUUUUAAAGAUGAAAAGCGAUGCCACAUGAUUUAUGAUGUAUGUUGUCGAGAAUUCUGUAUAAUUCUGUAUAAUUUUAUAAAUCAGCAUGACUAUUGCCCGCAUUUUGCGGACGCUUCAGUU